AUAAUCAUUUGCUUUUAUUGCACAUGCCUGAAAUUCUUGUUUUUAUUUAUCUUAUAAAUAUAGAAUUUAGCAGAUUAUACAUAAAAUUAAAUAAAAAUGAUUGAAGAGGUUAGAAAAAAACUUGAAACUGAACUUGAUAAGUUUAAGCAAGUUCAAAAAGAUUACCACAAAGCUGUAGCACGAAGACAGAUAUUAGGUAGCCAGUUAAAUGAAAAUAAUGUAGUUAAAGAAGAAUUAGAUCUUCUAAACCCUGGAAACGAAAUAUAUAAAUUAAUUGGGCCAAUAUUAAUAAAGCAAGAAUUAAUUGAAGCAAAAGAAAAUGUUAAUAAGCGUGUGGAAUUUAUAUUGAGUGAAAUAAAACGUACCGAAGAUUUAAUAACAUCAUUAGAUAAAAAACAAGAAACUCAUAAAGAAAAUUUAGUGAAAUUUCAACAAUCUUUUGAACAAGCUCAAAGUAAAAGUAUGAAAAGUAAUUAAAUUCAAAUAAUUAAAAAAAUGAAAUUUUUGAUUUCA